AUGACCACUAUCACCAAGCUCACUUACGGCCCUGACCCUCGUCAGUACUCUAAUGUUUGGAUCCCUAAGGGAUCUAAGGCUCCUUCGCACUGGGUCAUUUUCAUGCACGGAGGUGCCUGGGUCGACUACAAGCAGACCGAGAAGGAUGGAGAUGAGCUUAUGGAGGCUGUUGUCGAUGGCAACGUCUGGGGUGCUUCUAUCGAGUACCGACUUGCCCCCGAGGUCUCUGGAAAGACCUUUGCUGAGGACGUUUACAACGCUAUCAAGUCAAUCUUCGACAAGUAUCCUGCUGCCCCCUGGACCAUGAUUGGUCACUCUGCCGGUGCCUUCCACUCUCUCAAGCUCGACACCGACGUCAAGGAAAAGGGCGGAUUUGCUUCCCCUACUAACAUUAUCCUUUCCGAGGGUAUCUACGAUCUGCGAACUCUUGUGGAUGACCACCCCACCUACUCCUACUUUACCAACCCAGCCUGGGGUGAGGACAAAGCCAAGUGGGACGAGGAGAGCCCCCUUCUCCAUCACCAGGCUUGCCCCAAGAUCAACUACACCAUUGUCCACUCUGACAUUGAUGAGCUUGUUCCCUUUGACGGCCAGCCUCAGCUCCUUGCCAAGAAAUGGAAGCAGCAGGGUGUUCCCUUUGACUUUGAAGUCAUUCGAGGUCUUAAGCACAACGAUGUCUUCAUCAGCUCCGAGUUUGCCAAGAUUGCCAACGAGAUUAUCCAGAAGUCUUCUUAG